AUGUGGGGAAGAUCUCACAACAAGGCUCUAGCAUGGAUUGAAGAGAAGAUCAUGAAUAAACUAGAAGGAUGGAAGGAAAAGUUGCUGAAUCAAGCAUGCAAAGAAACACUAAUAAAGGCUGUAAUUCAGGCAAUGCCAUCAUAUAUCAUGAACGUCUUAAAGUUCCCUAAGAGUUUUUGCAGGAGAAUUUGUGCAAAGGUAGCAAGAUUCUGGUGGGCAGCAUCGGGGAAGGAACGGGGCAUCCAUUGGAAGAGAUGGGACAACAUUACUGAGAGUAAGAGAGAUGGGGGACUGGGGUUCAAGGACCUGGAAAAGCAAAAUACUGCCUACCUUGCAAAACAAGCAUGGAGGGCAUUGAAGAACCCGAAUGCAAUCUGGGUACAAAUCCUGAAAUCGAUUUACUUUCCGGGCGGCAACUUUUGGACAGCGAAGGGUAGAAAGGGCGCGUCAUGGGUCUGGAAAAGCAUACUACAUGGAAGAGAGCUACUAAAGGAAAACGCAAAAUAG